CACUAAACAAUGAUCUAUACAUACGCUAGAUUGCGCGCCAUGCGAGUUAUAUGUUUUGAGUUCUGCUCAUUACAAUUUCGACUAGACCGUGAAAAUGAUAGAAUUUUUCCUGCAUCGUGAAUAAACUCAUGAAAACAAUUUAAGACAACUCCGUGUAUCGAACACGAAAGAACAAGUAGGGAUUGUCCGGAAAAAGAAGCAAAUUUAUAAAAUUGUAACCUCAACAUUUUGGAAAAAUGGAGGGCGAUCGAUUAACCAGCAAGAAUACCAAGGAAGAUGAUGAUGUCAAGGCUAAGUCCAAGGAAACUUUAGGUUUGAGUACUAUAGUAGCUUUAGAUAUAUUGCAUCGUGAUGUUGAACGGGUUCUGCAGGAAUAUCAAGAGGAUCACAGAAAAAAUAAGAAAUUCAAAGCUUGGCUAAAGGAUGCCUUACAUCAUCGCAGCCAAUACACAACUCUCUGUUGGACCUCAGCACUUGCAUUGCUAGUUAACGCUGUGAUUCUCAUCAUUGCAUUCUUUACACUCAAUGAAACAUGGUAUUCUACACUGCCGUACCAAGGACUGAUAGUCUGUUGUUUAGUACUAUUAAAUUUUAUUUUAGUGGUGUCAGAUAACAAAUUACGACAUGAGGAAAUUCCUCACAGGGUGAAAAUUCUUCUUGAUCAACUAAAUAUUGCACGUUCCACAUGUCGAUGGAGGCGCGAAAACUAUCCACAUCUAUGUAGUCCGCAGUCACCUUGCUUGACGCUGCAGUGGACGUAUCGCGACGGCGAGAUAGUUAAUCUGCCUUGGGCAUUGUUGGUGGCCGGUGACAUAAUCGUAAUGAAACCGGGCCAACAAGCACCCGGAUAUUGCGUGCCGUAUAACGAUGCGGAAGCGCCGGUUUUGCACGCCAGAGAGGCGUACAGUCCUGCGGUGCACGGCGCUAACGAGAUAUUCUCUACGCCACAGGCUCGUGUACCUCUCAAAAAUAAAAUUUACAAGCUCCAGGAGACGCCGUAUUUGAUGAAUCUGCGUAUGGCGUUGGACCAGGCGCUCGAUCGGCCGGUGACUUAUCACAAUCGUAAGCGUCACCUCCUGAUGAUCUGCUGUAUCGAACAUCUGGCUUAUCCGAUACUUUUGAUCGUCACCCUCGUGGUCAAUCUGCUUCGCUACGUAUACGUGGCCGAUUAUUUCGGUACGGGCCACUGGAGCGAGAUGUUUCUGCUGCAACCGGUUGCCGUGAGUCUUCCUUUGUUGCCGUUAGUGUUCCCCGCCUGUUGGAUAUUUCUCAACUGCUUUGGGAUGGCUCGUUUCAAGGCAUUAUUUAAGUUAUAUUUAUCCUCGAAAAAACUUCAGUUUGUAGAUCCUUUUGAAGACGCAGAUAUCAAUGGUCCCAAUCACCCGGAAGUAGUGUACAACGGGCUUGAACUUAAGGAUUAUUUUUUCGAAAUUCUCUGUGGUAAGGAGCACAUGAUGUCGAGAUCCGCGAGCAUUUUACAUGUUUUGGGCUCCGUAACCGCGUUAUGCUGUGUGGACAAGAAAGGAAUUCUAUCGUGGCCUAAUCCUACAGCAGAAAAAGUAUUCUUCUUACGUAACACCAAUAGCACUCUGUCGCCGAGCUCUAGUACCGGCAGCAUGGAUAACAAGACUACUGAAAAGAAUCAGGAAUUUGAGGAAACCCAAGUGAAUUCCAACCGGACGUCCUACGUGCAGCACGAUAUGUCACACUCCACCGCUGAAGUACUUGAUCUCACGCAUGAUCACGCCUUACCGUUUCGACUACAGUUCGACGAUCAUUCGUGGCGUCAGCAUCUGAAUUCGCUCAAGCCGCUUGGCUUAGCGAUUCUCCUCAAUACGUGCAACAUGGACACGCAGGAGCACUACAUGCAAUUCUGCUGCCACGUCACUUGCGAGGCUCUCUACAAUGAGAACCUGGUUCCAGUGACGAAUAGACGUUGCCUGUGCGAACUGGCGAAGCAAAUUGGCUUCCAGGACCAGGCACAGAAGAUAUUUCAACUGGAGCAACAACUCUCCACAUUCAGGCAUGUGCAACCGGAAAUGGUCAGGCGGGACAUAAAGUUUGCACGUUCACUGAGUAUUGCGACGAAACUGAAGUUCCCGUUCCCUCACAUGGUCGCCGUAGUGGUAAAGGAACGCACCGGAGGUGGUCUGCAAUUACUAACGCAGGGAACAGCCGACAUAAUACUAGACUCCUGCAUUGAGUUCUGGGACGGCCACGACCUUUGUCCUCUGUCUGCGUCAGACAGAAAGAAAGUGCAAGAUUUUUAUCAGAGGACCAGCCUGACGUCGUACUGUACUGCAUUCGCUUAUCGGCCUUUAACGCGCGCCAUCAGCGACAAGAUGUCCGAGAUUUAUCUGGAACUUCCUGCGGACAGCAAACACUUAUACACACCUCAUCGUAGUCCAACUCCUUUGCCGUGGGACUUCAGGAACGUUCUUGAUCCUAGAGUGCGAGGGAUACUUGGGCAAUUCCACUCGACAGAUUCUUUAUUAUGUAAUGAAAACAAAGACGAUGACGUCAGCGACGUCGAAGGCUGUUUUGAGGUUCAGUGCAAUCAGGUCUUCAUCGGAAUGGUCACUAUGCAAUACCAGGCACAAACGGACAUGGUGCAGUUGAUUGAACAGCUGGAUCGGGCGUGCAUCAGAUUCGUUCAUUUUAGUAAGGAAAAUGAAUUGCGCUCGCGCGUUUUCUCGGAGAAGAUGGGUCUGGAGAGUGGCUGGAACUGUCACAUUUCUCUGCUUAGCGAGGGAGCCAGGUCUGAGAGUCCAGUGGGUUGGUGGGUGAGCCAGGCAGCAGCCAUGUCCUCACCCACUCCCUCACCCACGGCCCAAUCUCAUCAGCCUAAUUACUCCUGCAUGGACGAGGCCAGCCACUUGCUUAAUCGUGUCUUACCUCGGUACGUACUUUGCACCAACCUAAACAACAGCCGAGCGAUGAGCAUGUCAGCGCCGAGUGCCAUCAAUACGGAUUUUACGACGGUGAAAUUCGACGAUGAGACCACCGAGUGGAAUGAUACGGGUACGUCGCAGGUGAAGAGUGCCAUGAGUCACAGGGAGCAGGACACGAUGAGAAGUGAGGAUAGCGUCUUAGUGCAGAGCGUCGACUUGGGAUCAGGUCAAGAAGGUUGGAGGUCCAUAAGCUGCCUCACCGACAGCACAGAGCAAAGUGCACCUGUCAACUUCGAUCUGUCGAAUAGAGCUAAAUUGCCAAGAGGUAUAGACAAGAUACGACCGCACAUAGAGUUAAUAGACAACGUACCAUUAUUGGUAUCUCUGUUCACCGAUUGUAACACCACGGUGACCCGCGAGAUGCUGCACAUCAUGCAGGAUUAUGGCGAGGUGGUGUGCGUUCUCGGUUCCUCAGCCAACGCUGAGAACAUGCCGAUUUUCAUGCAGGCCGACGCUGGAGUGGCAGUAGAACCUUUAUAUCCCCAAGUAUGCCAAAAGGUGCCUGUGUUGGUACCCACCACGGAGGACCAAGGAAUUUCUCCCGUCGACCUAAGUAGAGUUUUGAACUCCGUCGCAUGCUCGUUGAGCGUGAAACGCGAGGAUCCUGUAGCGAUCUUUCACCUUAUUAUGGAGGCGCGUCAUUACAUGAGAAGUUUGUGGAACUGCGUGCAAUUUUGGCUGUGCUGUACAGUCACUCUCUCAUUUACACAAGCGCUUUCGGCAUUUUUAUUGUUACCGCCGCUGUUUUCCGUCGACCAAGUGAUGUGGCUGUGUUGCUUAAUUAUUCCCUUAAUAUCGAUAUCCAUGAUCGCUACGCCGAUAGAUGCGACGAUCAUGCAACGUGCGACCGGGAAGAAUCAAUGUAUAGUCAACGGAGAGGUGGCCUUGUUCGUGCUAUGGUGUUACGGCAGCAAGUUCCUGCCGACGGUGAUCACAGUAAUUCUGUCGCAGUGCGUCUCGUUCAUGACGCUCUGUCCCAUCUACGCGGCGCACAACAAUUCCAAGUGCCUGUACAUAUAUCCAGACGUACGGGGCCAAGAUUCUUGGGGCGGCUGGGGUAGCACACCGAGCGUAGUUUCGGUCGUGCAACAUUUCGCCCUCGCUCUCAUAGUCUUACACUUUGUGACGAUAUCAGUUAGCUUUGUGCACAGAGAAUACUCUAUAUGGAAGAAACAUCCCGUUAAUAAUUACAUAUGGUGCCUCAGCACAUUUCUUGUAUUGUGUGCACAGACAGCAUUCUCCAGUACAGCGUUCUGCAAAUUUUGGAAAGAGGAAGGCAAAAACAUUGAAGACCUCCCCAUGCAUCUAGUGUUGUUCUUUCUGCUCUCUAUCCCAUUAACGUUCGCUGUCAACGAGUUGAUCAAGUGGCAAGAGAUCAAAGUGAACGUUAGAUACCAAAAAAGAGCGCGUCUGGAAUUUGGUACAAAGCUGGGGAUGAAUUCGCCAUUUUAGCUUAAUUAUUAUUGUUUCUUGUCAAUAUCGUACAUUCUACAGAUGUGUCUGCAAGAACUACAGAAAUCAAGCUUCUGCAAGAAAGUUCGAAUGUGGUUCGAAUCACCAAUACAGAGCUUCAUGUACUUACAUUUGGCCUCAUGCCAAAUAUUGCCAAAAUGAUAGAGGUCUUGACAAAAUAACGAUAUUUUUAUAUAAUAAAAUGCGUGUACUUAAAUUUUACAACAUAAUGAUUAUAACAAUAAUUAUUUGUACAAUGGACACGCCAGAGGCAAGUCGAUCACGAGCUUAAAUGAGCAUUGUAUAGAAGUUUACGCGAUAUAUCGGAUUGAUAGCGAAAUAUUCGUAACAUUUUACAUCCGUUCGCGUGCAUUGUCUUUCUCGCUUUUGAUUCGUGAUGUCAAGAUGCCUGACAUAAGCAUCAUUGAUGCUUAAAUUUCAUUUAUGCGUUACAAACGAUCGGUUUAAUGGUAAAUAAUUUCGCCAUGAAUCUGAGACAUCUUGUAUUUAAUGCCUUUAGUAUUAGUAAUGUAUUUAUACAUACGAAGAUGUUCCUAUGGAAAAUAAUUUAUUUGCGGAUACAAAGCUAGUGCAAAUUUUAGGGAAUUCAUAGCAAUAAGCGUGUUUUGCGAGAAAUCACAGUAUAUUCGCAUAAAAGUGUUAUGAAUUCCAGGUUCUAAAAAUAUGAAAGCUAUCAUGGAACUACUUCCGAUUAUAACAGAAGCUCGAAUUUCUAACAGAGUUUCUGAUUGUACUAUACCAUAUUUCUUUGGAUUCUUAUAUAUGAGUCUCAAUAUAUUAUAUAAUUAUGUUACAUAAUUUUCUGCACACGUUUUUCAUAAUCGUGCGUACAAUGUUAACUAUCUUCGUAGCUUCAUUUCAAUUGCAUUAACUUUUCGCACAUUGUUCUAGAAAAUCAUGAUAGUCUUUUCAAACAGUUCCAUGAUAUGUUUCCUGAUCUCUCGUUAGUAAAAAUUCUUUGGUUGUGACUGAUAAUAGGUAGACGAUGAUAAUAGUCUUGUUCGCAUCUUGUUCGGAGGCAAUAUUCAAUUUUACCUCCGAUCAAGCGAAAUGCAACGAUUGUCGAGAUUUUUUUUUUAAAUAAAAAUAAAGUUUCUGUUGAACGA